CAAACAAUGUUUCCUAAUUUGCUUCUGAGCUCAAACAUAUGAAUCCGUCACCAUGUGUGUGUAUAUAUAUAUAGUCAUGAUACCAUUCUCCUUGUCUGAUGAAAGAAAAAUGGGCUGCCACUUUGGAAAUAGCCAGCGGGUUAAAUGAUAGUCACAGUCAAGGGUUCCCAAGUGGAAAGUGUUAAACUGAGUGAGUGCGUGCCCUGUGGCGCACCCUCUGUACAGCAGUGUUGAGAGAGAGCGAUAAGAGCCGGCUGGGUAGUACUCGCCUGGUGUGGCUCACUGGAGCUUCUUCCCAGUCAGGUCCGCUCAAAUGCAGAAAAAUCAGAAACACAGAGGGGGUCCUUUGUCAUCCAUCGCCUCUUGGGUUUAGCAGGCUGUAGCUGAAAGCAAAAAAAAGAGAAAGGGUCUUUUCUGAAGAAUGGAGGCGACGCAGAGGAUCCAGGUCGGUUUCAUGAUGCUACUGCUCUUCGUGCUUGUGAGUUCCUACUGGUUUUAUCGGAUUCAAUCCGAUGGGAGUUGGGAUAAAUUCAAGAAUCCCGGUAGACUCCCUCAAAGAGAGCAAUCUGGCUGGGAGUCUGUCUGUGACUCCCUCUUCCAGGGGGAGAGAGUCUUCCUUUGGAAAGGGGAGCCCACCGCAGCGCUCCGCCUGCCGGAUGUUUCAGAGGUUGAGGCUGCUGACUACUGCCGCGAGUUACAAACGCUGCUUCACUAUUCCCGGAGCCCAUUGACAGCCGAGGAGAUCAGCUUCCCUCUGGCCUUCAUCAUCACCGUGCAUAAGGAGUUCGAGACCUUCGAGAGCCUCUUCAGGGCCAUUUACCGACCUCACAACCUCUACUGUAUCCACGUGGAUGAGAAAUCCCCAGGGCACUUCCACAGAAAGCUGCAGCGGCUACAGAGUUGUUUCGGCAAUGUUUUCCUUGCCUCCAGGAUGGAGCCCAUCAUCUACGGAGGGAUGUCCCGGCUGGAGGCGGAUAUCCGCUGCCUCACGGAUCUCCUCAAACUAAGAGCUAACUGGAAGUAUGUCCUGAACCUCUGCGGUCAAGAUUAUCCCCUCAAAACCAACCUGGAGAUCAUUAGGCACCUCAAAACAUUCAAAGGGAAGAACAUUACCCCUGGCAUUUUGCCUCCAGAACAUGCCAAAGGCCGCACUAAGUUUGUGUACAAGCAGGUUUUGUCUGCCAACAAAUCCUAUGUGGCCAGAACUAAGAAGCAGAAAUCGCCCCCUCCCCACAACCUAACCAUUUAUUUUGGGUCUGCUUACUACGCUUUGACAAUCGAAUUCGUCGAAUUUAUUUUGAAAGACAAACGAGCUUUGGAUUUGUUAACCUGGUCCAAAGACACAUACAGUCCUGAUGAACACUACUGGGUAACAUUAAACAGGAUACCAGGUGUACCUGGUUCAAUGCCAUCAGCAGCCUGGGAAGGGAACUUGCGUGCCAUAAAAUGGAGUGAUCAAAAAGACCAUGAUGGUUGCCACGGUCACUAUGUCAGAAAUAUUUGUAUUUAUGGGCUUGAGGAUUUGAAGUGGUUGAGUGAAAGAGACUCCUUGUUUGCUAAUAAAUUUGAACUCCAUGCCUAUCCACCAACUCUAGAAUGCCUUGAAUACCGGAUCCUCAAACGAACUUGGAAUCAGAGUAUCAUUGCUCCACAAACCGGUUUGUGAAUGACUUCAAAUGGAUUGUAAGCAUCACAGGACACAAAACAAGAAAAGGAACAUAAACUGAGAAACAAUCUGGGAUAUACUUGAUUUUUCACCUUUUUUAAUUGCUUGAAUGUGUUUUUGCUGGGGGGGAGUGGUGGAUAUGGAGAGAUAACCGGUCACUUGGGUAUAAACCUUAUGUACUGCAAGUUGCCAGUCAGUUGCACACAAGCUGCAUUUGCACUUUCCACGAACAGUGGCUCAAUGAUUUGCAAAAACUGCAUGAAAAUGUUUAAAUCUUUCAUAUUUCAUAUGAAAGCUACCUACUGUUAUUUUGGAAUACAAAGAUAUUUUGCAAAGCUCUGAUGCUGGCAUAAGAGCAUUGAGGGAUGGAAGCGCCACUUGGAAAUGGGGCCUGGGACAAGCCCCAACCUUGCUCCCCUCUAGUGAAGCUCAUUUCAGGACUUCCCAGCACUACCCCCUUAAACUUCUCGUGUUUCUUUUUUUUUUAAGUUGUUUUGUGAAUUGAAGUACUGUAACAAAAUGAAGGUGGCUGGAACUAAACAAACUGCCAGCAAAUGGAAUAAUUCCUAAAACAAAAUGGCCAUCCUGCUGCUUGAAUUUCUGGGCAUUUAAAAUUCACUGUUCAGGUGAAUUUUUUUUAAUGAAAAGGACUGUAGGAUCCUUGCAAAUAUUCUCACAUUUUAUUUUUCUAGAAGAGUUCUAAAAGGCAAUAAUGAUCAAAGAGGCUCGAAAUGCAUAUGUUUAAUUCCAGGACAGUCAGCAGCUAAAUGAAGUCCAUAGGAUAGUAUUUUGGAUGAAACUCUUCAUAGCAACAGAGUGCUAAUGAAGUAUUCUACCCAAAGCAUUGACCAGUCCUACUCUUCCAGAUGCUGACUUGACCUAUGGUGUAAUUUGAAGGAUCUUCUAUUAUCACUGAAUUAAAUCCAUCUUGUUUUUGGUUUCAUUAAACUUCCAUUUGUGUAAUUUUCAAGUGUGCAGUUACCAAAAGUGCUUACAAAGCAAGAAAGCCUUAUUAAGUAACAAAUCACUAAGUGCAAGAUAAAUGUGGUUUCUUAAUGAGGUAGAAUAGUAUAGGCACUACAGGAAUUAACAGCAGUAGGGAUCAGUGUAGUGCAUUAUUAAAUUGCAAUGCACAGAGAAAAUAAGCAUUGACUUUUCUCCUUGAAGUUUGUAAUGCCUUAAGAUUGUAAAUUGGACAACAUUUGUAAAUUUUUUUUGUAUUACAACCAUCUUACUGACCUCAUUGAUUAUGGAGCUGAUUACAUUUUACUAUUCUUAUUUGGGUGCAAUGUUCAUGGUUCAUUUAGGUGCAUUGGUUAUGGUGGUCCCUUUAAGAAAUAAAAAUGGUCUCAGGAAUUUUGAAUGGAUUUUUAAAUAUGUAUACUAAAUAUCAGUUCUUAUAGCAAUCAAUUUUUUCAAUUAAAUCUUCUCCAAAGUUUGGUA